CCUCAUACUGACGUCGCUCUGUAUCGGCUGUGCAACAAACGGACUAAAACAAUGAACACAUAAUUAUAUUUUAAGGAUGACUGGCACCGCAGGAGGUAAGUUCCAAGUUGGCUGGACUAUAAAAGGAUUCUCCAAUAUAACAACUGGCUUAGUGCUGCACUCUAGGAAUCCUCCCUGCUCCUAUUAUUAUCUCAACUGGAAAUGACAGUGAAAGUAUUGGAAUACUCUUUCCCUUUCCAACAGGAUGCUCUGCAGUUUAAUCUUAGCUGUCUUCCUGGUCUGGGCCACAUCAAGCGCACACACCACUGGUCGGCCCUGCCUGUGUUCAGCUCUCCUUCCUGAGGGUCUGCAGGUCAACUGCAGCUCUUUAGGCCUGGUGGAGCUGCCCACUCUGCCCUCAGACACCACAGAGCUCCAUGUUCAGGACAACCGGCUCACCUCAGUGUCUCCCGGCCAUUUUGACAGACUGGUUGCUCUGAAAAAGGUCUCACUUUCAGGAAACCCCUUCCACUGCGACUGUAGGAUCCAAUACCUGAGGAGCUGGUUGCUGAGGAACAGGGCCGUUGUCUUAAAGGAGCCGAUAUGUGCCGGCCCAGACUCUGUGGUUCAGAAAGCCAUCACUGAACUCAGCGAUGAAUACUUCUCCUCCUGUUUGCUGACAGUCUGUACUGAUAGUACUUAUAACACUGUGAUUGGAGUGAUGCUAUGCUUCCUCAUUCUUCUGCUUUUGUGGAGCUCGAGACUAGCAAAAACGUCCAGCUUCACACUGUACAUUUGUGAGAGACAUUUAGGAUUGGAGGCCGACUCUUUGCGCUCACUGAGGCCUAAACACAGGAGGAGGCUGCACACUGCACCGCUGGAGGUCACUGUGGAUUCUCUCAUUUGUGCGGGGGAACUAGAAAAACCACUCAUCAACAUGGAGUUACUGCCAGUGUUGCACAAGAAGCACACUAUAAAGAUAAAGGCUACCUGAGGGACCUACUAUAAUGGAAUUAUUGAAACACUAGAGGAGAAUAGAGUUGACGGAAGCACAACGACUGUCUUUGUUUGUUGCAAUAAAGUUGUUUUAAUGCUGAACGGCCACAGCCAUUUCAACUGAGACUUUUUCUAGGUAACUGAUUUUUAUUUCUGUAACCUAAAUCUAGUUUACUUAUAAAAGCAGGGAAGGCUACAAAUAAAAACAUGAUGACUUACCCAUUUAAAAAAGUAUCUUUGCAAGUUGAUAACAGAAAUAAGCUCAAAUUAGAGAUAUAAGAGUAAUGAGGACUAUUUUGCCCUCUGAAUGUAUUAUACUUAUCAGUCUAUGCAUGUUAUAUUUGCUUUACAACUGAUCUCACUCCAUGACUCAAUACUGAGCUAGCUGAGUAUGUAUGACAGUGUAUAUCUUGAAAAAAAAAAACACUGCGCUAACUGA